GAUAAAAGCUCGUCCUGCGGGGCUGCUGCAUGUUCGCGUCCCAGGUUCAGGUCCAGACUGUGUCCUCAUCUGCAUCUGUUUUCAGCAUGUCGGCUCUGCUGGGGGUUUUCGCUAACAGCCCUGAGAAGAACACCACCGGAGCUCAGGACUGGACGGAGGUGUACGAGGCCGUCCGGUGGAUCCAGCUCGUCAUGGCUCUGCUCAGCGUUCUGGGUUCGGGUUCCAUCAUCGUCUGUGUGGCGCUUCAGAGGCUCAGCCGCACGCCGGAGCUGCAGCCUCUGCUCCUGCUCAGCGUGUCCGACCUGCUGCUCGCCCUCUGCUGGCUGAUCGGAGGAGCGCUGUUCUCCCGGCGCUGCAGCAGCCUGAACACACACUGCUACCACCUGCACACCGUGGAGCAGGUGCUGUACAUGGCCUCCUUCUUCUACACACUCAACUACGUGUGGAACCUGUACACCGGAAUCAGAGAGAAGUACUACAGCUGCAGUAACGGAUACCCAGUGCAGUUUUCCAACAGAGUGAGCACAGCUGGCAAAAUCACAGCGCUGCUUUCAGGUCUGUUUCCUGUGCUGCUGAUGACACCUGUGCUCAUACAAGGAAACAUCAGCCGGUGUCAAGCCAACUUCAGUGAGCCCUACAGGUGUCUGCUGAUGCACACUGGAGCGCUGUACCUGACCUCAGGGCAACACAAGCCAAUCAGAGCCUGCAGACUGCUGCAGACCUACGGCCUCGCCAUCUUCCUCGCCACCUUCAUCCUCACGCUCGUCAGCAUCACGGUGCUCGUGGUGAAAGCCCGUCAUAUCUACAGGCGGGUCGUGACAUCAGGUGGUUACCUGGGAAACCAGCAGCGGGCGUCCUUCCGCGUGAUGGGCCGACGGAUGCUGCUGUACCCGCUGAUCUUCGUCCUGUGCUGGGGUCCAGCGGUGGGUCUGGCGUUUCUUCGGGUGGUGAAGCCCUCAGCAGGUCAUGGCGAGGCCGGGGUCGCCCUCUACAUAUCACAGGCGUUCACCUCGGCCUCUCAGGGUUUCCUCAACUGUCUGGUCUACGGAUGGACUCGUGCUCAUCUCCGCCAAGCCGGCAGGAGGGUUUUGUCUCGAGAGGCGGACACUCAGACGCCGCUGCUGAGGUCUCAGAAGAAGAGAAGCUACCAGACGCCACGCACGGUCGGCUGAAGGCGAGACUUCAAGUGACAGACUGAGGCGGAGCAGGUGUUUUCUGUCAUCUGCUGCAAAGACUCCACAGGAAAGUCUGAACUUUCACUUUCAGCGGGAGGGAAAACACCGAGGCUUUGUCUCUGCAGGGGAUGACGGCUUCCACCCCUGAUCCUGAACCACUGAGGCGACAAAAAGGGAAGAAGAAGGAGGAGGGGGAGUUUACACCAAGAGGAAGAGCAAACAAAGGAAACAGGAUUUGAAAGAGACAUGGUGCAUUCCCUCUAAACCCCAAACCUCCCGGGUGGACUCGAGUCUUUCACAGUUCACUCCACUGUCUGCCUUAGAAGGCCUUUCGUGUUAGCAUGUUAGCUGCCCCUCGUACCUUCAGCUGCCUUUGAAUUCUGCCCAUAUUUUACAAGUUUGAUUCAAGACGAAGCAGCUGUGCAGAUUUUAGGCUGCCUGAAUCAUCCUGCAGCUUUUUAAACAUUUCUUAGCGACUGACUGUUAAUUUGCUUACAUCCUCCAAGUGUUUUUGUCAGUGUCAGUACUGCACAUCCUUCACUCGCUCGCUGUGGUCCUGCUUCCCACGCCGAAGGCCGACAUGUGAAAGGACUCAUUCAGAAAUCACCGCACGGGUUUUGGACUCAGAUGUGACCACAAACUGAUAACUGAUGAAUGAACAUGUGACCAAGCGUGCAGAAACGCACCACAUGACCGUCACCCCGAGAGACGGCGCCCCUGCCUGACGCAGGAGCCCGAGCUCGUUAUGUGAGGGGGCCGCCGCCGCCGCCGCCGCCUCCACGCUGUGGGCGUUUUGCCAGAAUGUGCAGGAGAACAAUGGAUUUCCUCUUCAAUCAGACCUCAACUUAUCUGAAAGGCUGAAGUUCAUCAAGUCGCAGCAGGAAGCCGUCAGCGCUGAUGAAUCAAAACUGAAAUCAGUGAAAUGAAAUGUCAAGCGUAUUUCUGUUUUCAAGAAAUUACAUUCAAAAAUGAUCUUCAUAGUUUGGUUUGUGGAACAACAAACAAAUACACAAUAUCACUGCUGGAUGAAAAGAAAGUGUAGACAGAAGCUGACUGACAUUGUGUGCAUUAAAAGCUUUUCAAGUGACAGAAAGACGACUUUGAAUUUUUUAUUUCACAUUUAUUGGUUUUUGUGUCUCCAUGAGGCUGCUUUGUGUCUGUGGUCCAAAAGCCUUCAUUCAUCUUCAGCUUCAACUAAAAUGAUGACAGGCGGUUAUUUUCUUUAAAUUUUAGCAGGUUUGGAGGAAGUCGUCAGCCACCUUCUCAUACUGCAAACACUCGAUGAGCCAAAACCAGCAGAGUCUUUCUGACUCACAUCACAUGAUCACGUUCUCGUCAGGGUCCCAGUAAACCAUGAAAGUGUGACAGGAAUCAGGAGGACACAAAGAAAGCAGCACCACGUGAGGACGUCAGGACGUUCCUCCCUUCACGUCCUCCUGAACCCCUCAGCUGUGCUAUCAGAGUCAUAAAUCCUUAACUUGUUUCCAUGGA